AUAAAAGCGGGUUCCUAGGUAAAUUUACCGGCAUAGUACUCAGAGUUGUGGCGGUCGACGGUGUGUUGGACAUAGAAAAGUGUUACAACUGUGUUAAAAUAAUUUUGCCAUUUCAGUAAUAAAAUCCGAAAUAUUGUCAAAAUGACUUUAAACGUACCAAUGAUGAAAUUCUAUAACGGCAACGAGGUGCCAGCUUUCGGUUUGGGCACAUGGAAAUCCAAACCCGGCGAAGUCACUCAAGCAGUUAAAGAUGCCAUUGAUUUGGGAUAUCGUCAUAUUGAUUGCGCCCAUGUGUACGGAAAUGAAAAAGAAGUUGGUGCUGCCCUUCAAGCUAAAAUCGCUGAAGGUGUCGUGAAAAGGCAGGACCUUUUUAUCACGAGCAAAUUAUGGAAUACCUUCCACAAACCAAACUUGGUUGAACCAGCCAUCAAAAAGACUUUGUCCAAUCUGGGUUUGGAAUAUUUAGAUCUAUACCUGAUUCAUUGGCCAAUGGCAUAUAAAGAGGGCGAUGAUCUUUUCCCAAAGAAUGCUGAUGACAGUAUUGCCUUAACAAAUGAUGACUAUUUAGACACAUGGAAGGCCAUGGAAAGUUUAGUAACUAAGGGACUCACAAAAAAUAUUGGUGUUAGUAAUUUCAACUCUGAACAAAUAGAGAGGCUAUUGAAAAAUACUACCGUCAAACCAGUUACAAAUCAAAUUGAAUGUCAUCCAUAUUUAAUUCAGAAAAAGCUUUCUGAAUUCUGCAAGGAAAAAGGUAUUCUUAUUACAGCAUACAGUCCACUUGGAUCUCCUGAUAGGCCAUGGGCUAAACCUGAUGAUCCGAAACUGUUGGAGGACAAAAAGUUGGGUGAACUGGCAAAGAAGUAUAAUAAAACACCUGCACAAGUUUUAAUCAGAUACCAGUUGGACCGUGGGCACAUUGUGAUUCCCAAGUCAGUUACGAAAUCGCGAAUUGCACAGAAUAGCGAGGUCUUCGACUUCAAACUCAGCCCAGAAGAUAUUGCAUAUAUUGAUACCUUUGAUUGUAAUGGCAGAAUCUGCCCAAUGUUUGGCACGGAGUCAAGCCCCCAUUACCCCUUCAAUAUUCCUUUCUAAGAAAAAAAUUUAGUUGAAAGAAACAUCCAGUUACACAAAUUGGUAUUAUUGCAAAAUUUGAAAUGUAUGCCUGUCUGCUAAUUUUUUACGUGAAUGUUCAUAUAAAAUAAAUUUUGUUGAAAUAUA